CGGAGUGGGCCCGGAGGAGGCACUAUGGCAGGGGGUUGGGCCGGAUUCUCGGAGCAGGAGCUUCGGCAGCUUCAGGGCCAUCGCAAAGGACCCCUGUCCAAACAACAGAAUCAAGGGACUUCAGUAAACAAAAGCCGCCAAUGUCUGCAGCAGAAAAAGGUGCCUCAGAAGAUAGAAGAAAAAUUGGAACUUCCAGAUGGAGCAGCAUUGUCACCUCUGGAGAAGGUUGAGCAACAGGAGGCCAGAAGUCAAGAGGUGGAAGUUGGACUUAAACAGUCUUGUAAUAGUGACCCAACUGCAGCAACAAGUUGUCCACUUGUGAAAAAGAAAAUGGAAUUGCAGGAGAAGUCUCGGUGGGAAAUCCUUCAACAAGAGCAGAAACUGAUGGAAGAAAAAAAUAAACGCAAAAAGGCUUUCCUUGCUAAAGCAAUUGCUGAAAGAUCUAAAAGAACUCAGGCUGAAACAGUUAAAUUAAAGCGUAUUCAAAAGCAGCUCCAAGCUUUAGACGACAUGGUAUCUGCUGAUAUUGGGAUCCUAAGAAAUAGGAUUGACCAGGCAAGCUUGGAAUAUUCAUGUGCUCGAAAGCGUUAUGAUAAAGCAGAAUCAGAAUAUGUGACUGCAAAGCUGGAUCUCCAAAAGAAAACAGAAGUGAAAGAACAACUUGCAGAGCACUUGAGCACCAUCAUACAGCAAAAUGAACUCCGAAAGGCAAAGAAAUUGGAGGAGUUAAUGAAAGAGCUGGAAGUAGAAGCUGAUGAAGAGAACCUGGAACUGGAGGUAGAAGUAGAGCAAAUGUUGCAACAGCAGGAAACAGAAGCUAGAAGGCAAGAGAUUGAGACACAAAAGCUUGCCCAGGUUGAUGUGCAGUGUACAGAUUCCCAGACUUUGAGUAAAGGACAUGAAAACGACAACUUUAGAAACAUUAAUGGAGCAGCUUAGAAGUUCCCAUACAGAUGACCAAAGUCACACAGUAAACUCUGUUUCUGAAAGAAAUUAUGAUCCAUCCAGAACAUGUCUGAUAACAUUAUUUUUGAUAUUUGGAGUAAUAAGAAGCACUGGCAUAUAAUGACAAGAAGCCUCUGAAUUUGUGCAGUUUUCUAGUCUGUAUUAUUAUCAGAGUACAAGUGUGCAUGCAUAUGCGUGUGUAUUAUAUGUACAAAUUAUCUCUUUUUCCUGCUUACUGUCUUCCUUUUCACUGAGAAACCUGCAUGUGAUCCCUUAUGAAGGGGAAAGGAUAAUGUUACCUACAUAAUAUUUAAAGUUCAAAGCAUCAUGUCAGUAGGAAUAAGGAAUUGUGUAUAUCUUACAUGAAAUUAUCAUUAAAUCCUACAUUAUUUGCUUAGAUACACUCUAUUAAGUAACUCAUUUUUCAGUGCUCAUAAAUGAAUAGAAAAGGACAAGGUUGAGCAAAUCAGGAGGAAAUCUGAAAGUAUUUUCUAUUCUUGUUAGUGAUUCUGUAAAAAAAUGGUUGGGCCAUAAUUACCUAAUUAUUGAGCAAUAAAAAGGGAAAUACCUUCCAAUAUUUUAAAUAUAUUAUUAUUGAAAUAUAAAUAACCAUUCAAUAAAUGGAUAUCAAAACACUUUUAAACUCAUAUCUGGACUCUCAAGAUUCUCUAGUGAUUUCAUUAUUUCACCUUUUUAUUUCAUUUGUUUUUGCAGGUUUCUCUACCAUUCAUGUAUUGUUGAAGCGCUAAUCCUUUGUUCUUGUAUAAUCAGCACAUGCCAAAUUUCAAUAAAAAUGUUCCCAUUUUUUAAAAUUGGAUUUUUCUUGUAUUGCCAACAAUUAUUGGACUUCAGAGUUACAUCAAAGACUUUAUCAUGUGCACUAAAAUGAUUUCAUAGAAAAUUGUUAAUAUUCUUGUUCUUAAAAAUGAAAAUGUUGUGGUUAAGAAUUGUGAAGGCAAGUACAGUAUAGCUUUUUUUUGUAUUACCUGUAUCUCCCCUAUGCCUAGCCAUAGCCUAGCCGUAAAACAAAUUAAUUCAUGUUAAGAG